AUGACUGUAUUUUCUAAAAUACUACCUUACUUUACCACUACCCUUUCUUGUCACGAGUUAGCGCAUACAUGGACUCCAUCUUGCACGAGUGCUUCUGCCGGGGUCUUUCGAUCAUGCUUCAUCGAAUCCCUGAAGAUUUACGGCCUUCUGUAUUUGGUAAGUUAGCGGUACAAAUACUACGCGAGUAUCACAGAUCUGUAAGAGCAAGUUUAUGUAAUUCGGGCAAUUAAAACGGAUCGGAAGAACUGCAGGCUGUCAUUUCGACUGCGUUACUGAAAAAGAAAGUUUACAUAUUGCAUAAUACUCGGCCCUCUGAAAACUGCUCCGGCAGUCCCACAGGAGUCCGAUUUGCGUAAUAAAUUCUGACAUUGUCUGCGGGACUGCGGGAGCACUAGUAUACCUCGUUCUAUAAGUACACUAGUUAUGUACUUGACAUCGACUGUGGGCGUAUGGGACUGCGGGAGCACUAAUAAUUUGUAUACCAACUUAAUAUUAACUUUUCAGGGACUGUGGGAGUGCGGGACUGCAGUAGCCUCCCACGCAGGCCUUUUUGGGGGAGCUCGUAUUUCUUCCCUCCCCACAAACGCCUGCUCAACAGAGAACAACAUUCCUUUCCCACGCUUAGCCAAUCACGUUGUACUUUCCAAAUUCUGGAAAGUUGACCUUGACCGCAGGGUAACCCGAUAAUUACGCAAUCUGCAAUAGACUUUGAGAAACCUUGAUGACCUCUAAUAAAUGUUAGACUCAGAGCGACAAAAGUAAGAUUUACUCAGUCAGAUUUUAGAAUUCUCCGUGCACUGCAUAACCUUAGCGAAGGAAAGAAAAGAAGAAAACGGUAACUCUAGGGUCACGUUCUGGGUCACGUUUUUUCACUAUCACAAGCUUAUGAGUCAUGUUUAGCCUGUCAACACUUUAUUUUAAAACCGUUGAUUGGUCACUUACCAUGCAAAUGUAACAGUGGGAAAGGAAUGUUGUUCUGGGUUGAGCAGGCGUUUGUGGGGAGGGAAGAAAUACGAGCUCCCCUAAAAACGCCUGCGUGGGAGGCUAGGACUGCAGGAGCACUCAAUAAAAUAAUAGUAAUAAUAAUAAAAAUAAUGAUGAUGGUGAUGAUGAUGAUUAUAGAGGGGGGCAUUGGGGUAUAUUAGAAACCGCAAAACCAAAGAAAAAAUCAUCCAAAACUGCAAAACCGCAAAAAAAUUCAGCCAAAACUGAAAACCGCAUACAAAACCGUCAAAAACCGAUACAAUGGUGACAAGUGGGGCAUACAGAGCAAACUAAACUAACACUAAUUUCACCAAAGUAUUUGUGAAUGUCAUGGACGUUGUCUGAAGCCUUUGUAUCUUUUUGUGUCUGCUUAAAUCAUAGGCUUUGUUUCUGCCGCUCUCUCGAGCCCAGACUUUGCGGCUCAAUUUCCGAAAAGCCGCUAGUUAUGGAGCCUAGUUAACUUAGGAGCAUUUGCACACAAGUCCUCUUUAGAAUUGCAAUUUUGCAGUCGCAAAAAGCUAUAGCUCUGGAAACUUCAAUCGAAAAUCUCUAAUCGAACAUUUCCAUUUGAUAACUAACACCUGAAAGUUUGGAGACUCGAUUGUCUAACAUGCGAUUGCACUGAGCUGAGUCGACACUGAGGAAGCUAACCGGUACAAUUAGUUCCUUUUCAGUUUUGCAUGGCAGCAGGAGCUUGCUCUAAGGUUAAAUGUGGUAAUAAACAGAUACUCAAAAAAGCAGUCGAUUAUUGAACCUCACUGCCCUUCCAAAAACCAAAAACCACAUCGGGUACCAAAACCGAAAAACCGCUAGUAUUUUUCACGAAAACCGAAAACCAGAUGCUAAAAAACGAAAAAUCCGCAAACCGCAAUGACCACCAAAACCGAAAAACCGAAGUCUUUUGCAACAAAAACCGAAAAACCGAUCUAAAAAAUUGCCAAAACCGCAAAACCGAAAAUCCCAGUGCCCCCCUCAUUAUAUUAUUUAUUACCUGCGGGACUGCAGGAGCACUCAAUAAAAUAAUAAUAAUAACUAAUUAUAAGAUUUAAGUAUUCAGCAUAAUUAUUAAUAAAACUUGACUGCGAGUCCUUGGGAGCAGUUUUUCAAGUACCGUAAAUCCUCUAUUAAGCCCCCCCUCUCAAAUAAGCCCCCCCCCUCUCUAAUAGGCCCACCCUUUUCAGAGGAGGAAAGUCAAUAAGCCCCCCCCCUCCCCCUCCUCCAAUCCUUAUUCUUCACAAAAAAAUUAACGAUUAACGUGGACUGAUCAGUUAUGGUUUAUUCAUAAAAAUUACUGAAGAACAUGAGGUCGAAAGCACAUUUUUGGAGAAUAAGAAUUUUGUUUUUGUUACUUUUAGGCUCCCACAAGUGAAUUAAAUACUUUUGACGGUGACUUUAAUUGUACAAUGCGUAAGUCUACUCUGUCGCAUACCAUGGUAUUUUUGCUACAGGUGAUGUGUUUCACUAAAUUAAAUAAGCUCCCCCUCUCUAUUAAGCCCCCCCUCAAAAGUACUUGAAAAAAAUAAGCCCCCAGGGGGGCUUAAUAGAGGAUUUACGGUAAGACAUUUAGUGGUCUGGGUAUUCUGCAAUCACAAUAGUAAGCAGUCAGGCUAUUGAUGACCUGUCUCAUCAUAUACUCCUAUAAUAUUUGCCGAAUUUGAGGUUUGAGAACUUGUGAACAGACUCGUGGUACACAGUAGUCAUUCUGUAAUAGCCUGCAUAACAGUGCUCACCUUGCUUGGCUAACAAAGUGCCUGAUAUGCAGGCUAUUCUGUGAUGACAAGAUUUGAAGAUUUGGCAGACAAUAAAGCAUAGAAAAAAUGUUGUAUCUGCUAAUUUUACAGUUUCUGGUUCUAGAUGCCUAGACGAGACUCAAACGGUUAAAAUCUCUGCCCAAUUUCAGAUCAAAAGGGAUCAAAACUUUAUGCUCUUAGGUACUCUACAUGUUUAGCUUAUACACAUGUAGACUCUAUAAAGGGAGAUCACCCUGCUAACCUAAGCCAACACUGAGGGCAACAUAGAGGUAACCUAGGAUGGACGGGGGGUGGCUAGAAGGUCUUAUUAAAAUUUUAUAAUUUAGAAAUACCUUUCUGUGAAGAUAAUACAACAUUUUUUUCUAAGCACACUCUCUAAGGCCUGUAUUUUAUACAAGUGUAACAAGCAUGCCACAAGAUUGUAGCUAAGGUAUGCAAUGUUUGGUAAAAUAGCAUUUGCUCUGUGGCAGCUUUCACAACAAAAUUGGUGCCAUUCAUUUCUAAUGUAUCAAUAGAGGCUCCCAGAAUCCUCUAUCCAUAGUGAAGACUUCAGUUUUUUGAUGAAUUGAUACUCUUAUUGGUUUCAGGUUGGUGGUAUUUUACGAAGAGCGGGAAUGAAAUACUUCAGAGUUAAUUAUUUACUGGACGUUAUCAGGUCAUCGUUGUUUUUGGCAGUCAAUGGAGGGGGGUUGGUUGUUAAUGUUUGCUUGAUAAGGUUGGUCAUUGUUGUGUACUGGGACUUUCUGACCAUCUUGUUGUGUCUAUCAUGAUUCUAAGCACCAGGUAUCACGAUUUUCACAGAGAAAAAAGUUUGUGGAAGUGUUUUGACAACCUUUGAAGAAAAUGUCAGAGCUAUAGCCUUGAAAUAAAGAGACGGAGAAUGUGUUCUUCUGUAAUGAUCCGGAUCAGGGUGAGUGAUCUGAGAUCACUUGGAUCAUAGCACAUAGUAACCGAUGAAUUCCUUAGCCUUUGGAAAAAGAUUGAUUGGUUUAUCCAAGUGAUCUCAGAUUAUUGAUCCUGAUUUGGAUCAUCCCAAAGGAAUUCACCCAGACAAUCUAGGAAACACAUACUGGUAAACUUAACUAAUACAGUAUGCCAGCUCUCUCAGAUUAUGUCUCCUGAAUACCGGGUACAUUUCUCUAUGUCUUCUAUGUUGGUCACCAAUACGGACGGUGUCUUGAGUUUUUUCUGUACCGUAGACUAAUGUAAGCUUAACCCUUUAGGUCCCAAGAGUGGCCAAGAUCAAUUUUCUCCUAACAACAUCAGUAGAUCAAUAAGAGUAAAGAGUAAAUAGAUUACCAAAUUAAAGGAGAACACUUUGAUCUUGAACCAAAUUCUCUCAACUAUUGUUAAAAGAAAUGUAUGGAGAUCAGUCUGGAGAAUUUGAAUGUGGAUCUUUGGGCUUGAGUUCCAUGCGUUCUUUUCCCACUCACAGAAUUGUUUGCUUUAUUCCUGCCAUACGAGCAUCUGUUUGAUUCGAUCAAAAUUGGGAUGAAUUGCCCUUGGGUCCAGGGUUGAUAAUGGUGUUGGGACAGUGGAAGUCUCCAAAUUUUCAAGACAGAGUUUGCAGUGUCUGAAAAUUUUGUAUGGGCAUUUGAAGUUAAAAUACUGGUAGGUGUCUGUAUACAUGUACUCAUAUACCAGUUUAAAAUGUAACAUUAGUUAAUUCUGUUUUUGUUGUUUAGGAAACUUUUUGGCUCUUUCAACUACCUGUCCAUGAUAUUUGUGCCUGGUCUCAUAGCAUCUCUUAUGGCUAUUCUAAUUGAGAAAAAAGGGAGACGCAGCACUCUUGCACUUUAUAUGACAAAUUUGGUGAGUGCUUUUUUGCAGUAAAAACAAUGAAGAUCCUCUUUAAUUUCUUUUUUAAGGGAAAGGGGCAGAAAGGAAUCAACAUUGAAUUGAUUGUUGUAAAUAUUUAUUGAAACAAGCCUACAAAGGAAAGUUUCAAAUUCCUGAUGAUUUAUUAUAAGUUUAUAAGUUUUUGUUGGUUAAUCAGAUACUAACAGAAUCUUUCUCUGUUAAAGCUGGCCAUUCAGAGACCAUACACUGUAGUUAUAAUGUAUAAAAAACAUUGCCUUUUUUAGCAUACUUAAUUAUUUGGUAUGUUAAUCUUACUUUAAGAUUCCUAAAUUCUAUGACCAACUUAUUCUGAUCGAGCCAUGUGUUGGUUUACAUCUGCUGUAUUUUCUUUAAACAUGCAAACAUUUUACACAUUUUCUCCGGAGAAUUUUGGCGAGAAAUGUGUUUUGAAGCUAGUUGAGCUGUUUUCUAGUCACUGUUUGGCUUUAAAGAGCUGAAACUUACCACAAAUCCAUCUUCGUGGCCUUCUGAUUGAGAUGAAAAAUAUCCACUUCUGAAGUUGGGGCAUGUGAAGAAAACAAGAUUUUGGGGUUUAAAAGACACACAGCAGUCUUCACUUUUUCUUUGCUCUUUCUCUCCUCCCCUCUUCUUUUAUGCUUUUCUUGCUUCAGUUUUCCUUUUGCUAGGCAUUUAGUAGACUAGCUACAAGCAGGUGGGAAAAGUUUUUGGGAAAUCUUGUAGGAUCGUAGGACGAGAUUAGGAAAGGUAGGUGACUGGGUAGUGAAACAAGAUUUUCAUGGGAAUUUUCAGGUCAAUGUUACAUAGUUUUUUCGCCUUUUUCUCCGGCCUCCUUGACUGAAUCAUGCUCAUUCUGGUGUAGUUUGAAAGAUCUCUCCACUCUGCACAAGUUAACUGUUAAAAGUAAAAACUGUUGACCUCACUAGAGGUAGAAGGGACGUGGAUCCACACAGGCAGUUAUGGGUGGUUCAGGGGCAAAUAAGUUUAAGUACCUUCGAUAAAAGAUAAGUUGGUGGGUUAUUAAUUUUAAAUUAAUGUUAAUAAUAAAAUUAUUUUUUUCUUGUAGGCCACUGAAACAACAUAUAACAUGCUGAAGGAAAGAAGUCUUAUUAAACCUAUUCCAAAUGGAGAGGUAAAGAAAAUAUGUACAGCUUGUAAAAUAAUUUUAUUGCGAUGUUUUUGUCCGGGUUGUGGGGGCAGUUAAAGAAAGCUUUGAAAUGUUGGUGCUGCUGACACCUUCAAGCCCUGACUCUUUUUAAGACAAAGUCUUUUCUCAUUAUAUUUCUUUGUUUCCUGUGUUGUUAGAUUAUACUAUUUUGUGCAUCAACUGCCACCAUGAUGUAUCUUUACAGGUAAGUGCAUCAGGCUAGUUAGUGUUUUCAUCUGUUUCUUCUGUAUUUGGAACCCAUGAUGAAGCACAAAGCCUGAACUUUUUAGAUGUCUUCUCAAAUGAAACAGUAAGAAAUUAUGCAAUGACAUGAUUUCUCAGGUAUUGCACUGUUUCCAUGUGUUGUGUUAAUCAAUAGAACAUCUCAUUAAAAUUCAAGUGCAUACCUGCCAACUCUCCUCAGAUUUUCCUAGGAGUCUCCAAGUUUUUCAUCAAAUCUCCCAGGAAACACCUACCAUGGCCAUUUUCAAAAUGUUUUCAUUAAUUUCAUUGUUUCCGAGAUGUCCAAAAGGAAAAUAAAACAAGAAGUGGAUCUAGUGUUCUUAUUUGAGCUGUUCUCAAUGACAAAACAUAAAUGAUAUAUAUUUAGCGAGUGUCAUAAUUGGUCAGAGUUCAACCAAUCAAAUUGCACAAUACAUGGUAGAAAGUUGGCACGGUUUUCUCACGCUGUUAUUGAUGUUGAGAACAUUUGGAAGGCCUUUUGGUGGUUUUUGGAGAGCAUUCAGACAUUGUUGAAAAUGACAUUCUUACAAUGCAAAGAUUCCUACACCUCUCCAGAUUUUUGUACUCCGGGGGUUGGCAGGUAUGCAAGUGUUUGAUUUCAGAUGAAAAAUUGAUAUAUUUCAUCUCAGAUGAAAACCUGGUGGUGUUUUAUCCAGUGUUUUAUAAGGUAUCAAGAUUCAUCUACCUGAUCCAAAUGGUCGUCAUAUUUUUUAUUGGCUUUUGAUGGCAUAAAUAAUUAAUGAGUUUCAAAUGAGUUUGAGAAGGAUGAGCAUCUCUUUAAAAACACUGAAUGGUAUAAUAAAUCUGUUUCAUGCAACACAAGACGAGGAGGCCAUGAAAUAAGUUAAGGAAAGUGAUUGUUUGAAAAUUAUUGCUUGGAAAAUUUCCAACUCCCAAGACCCCUCAUUCAACCCCCCCCCCCCCCCCCCCAAAAAAAAAAAAUCCUGAGAAAAUUAUCAAACUGUUUUGACUUUAUUUUUUGUCUUCCAUUAGAAAGAAGGAUGGUCUUACUGAUGGAUUAGUGAAUGCCUUAAUUAGGUAAUCUUUUUUUCGUAUUUAAAGCUAUUGAAAUCAAUGUAUUUUAUUUUAAUGAUCAACUAAAUAAGGUGAACAGUUACCUGACACCCACUAGGUAGCUUUUUUCGCCUAAACCCCACUUGUUUCUUCUUACCUGAUGUUGCCAUGGUUAUUUGGCAUUGUGAGACUACACAGGGAACACCACAACACCUUGAUAACUAACUGUUUUUGGGCCCCUUUUGCCACACACUGGACCGUGCCCUGCUGCUCAAAAGUUGAAUAACACUAUCCACUAAAUAAAUCCCCAUCCAGUGAAUAAUGUAAUUGGUUUCCCUAUGAUACUUAUCAGCUGGAUAGUGGUUUAUACACUGGAUAGUGUUAUCCAUUGUUCGAACAACGCGGGCCUGAACCACGGGGGAAAAACGAGGUCUGGGAUGGAGAAACAAUGUUCUCAUAACAUGCAAAGCAGUCACCUUGCAUUGUGGUCAGCGGAUAUUAUUGUAGUAUUUUCCCAAAGUAACUAUUUUAGAAGCGAGAAGU